ACUAGUUCUCAUCAAACUCUUGAGAGUUCGAAGCCGAGAAACGGCGAUUGUCUCCUGCGUCGCGAAUCUCUGAUUGGUUAAGCUUAACCAUUCUGAUCUCGAGGAAACAUCAGAUGCUAAGGAUAGAAGAAGGUUUGGACUGAGCCGAAAGGGUUUAUGGGUACCGGGUCGGGUUCGGAUCCAGAGCCGAGUUCUUCCGGGUGGAGCCGGGCUCCUGGUUUGGUGGUGAAGACGCUGUUUUUGAUCGGCGGCGCCGUUAUCCUCAAGCGUCUCACGAAAUCCACCACUCGCUGGGACCACUCUCACGUCGUCUCUCGCUCUCUCAGCGGCGAGAAGGGUUGUGUUUUACUGGUUUUUAAGUUUUCGAAGGAGCAGGCAUCAAGGGAUCCUGAUAAUUACUUCAACAUAAGGAUGAUGAGCUGCCCAGCAGCUGAGAUGGUGGAUGGUUCGCAGGUUUUGUAUCUCGAACAGGCAUUUUGGAGAACUCCUCAGAAACCCUUUCGGCAAAGAUUGUAUAUGGUUAAGCCUUGCCCAAAGGAGUUGAAAUGUGAUGUCGAGGUUAGCUCAUAUGCUAUUAGAGAUGCUGAGGAGUACAAGAAUUUCUGUGACCGGCCAAAGGACCAACGCCCACUUCCAGAAGAAGUGAUUGGUGACAUAGGCGAGCAUUUGACAACGAUGCAACUUAGCUGUUGUGACCGUGGAAAGCGUUGCUUGUAUGAAGGAUCAGCUCCACCUGGUGGUUUCCCAAAUUCGUGGAAUGGUGCAAGCUAUUGUACGUCUGAUCUUACCGUCCUGAAAAACAAUGAGAUACACCUCUGGGAUCGCGGAUUUGACGAAGAUGGAAACCAGGUUUGGGGACCAAAGCAAGGUCCGUACGAGUUCAAACCGGCGCCGUCAACGUCAAGCGUCAACAGCGAUGUGUUCUCUCCUUUGAAUAUAUUUCCUCAAUCCACACUUGAUAAACCGAUAAAAGGAUCCUUCAUCUUGCAGGAGUAGGUAGAGGUUUUUUCCCCUUUUGUUUUUCUUUCUUUGUAAGCAAAACUCACUUGUGUAUCUUCUUAUACAGUUAGUAACUCUUUUAUCUCGUUAUCUUCGUUAGGGUGUAUAUGUUUUUUCUUCCCUUUCUUUAAUGAGACAACCCAACUAUGGUUUUAAGACCUUCAAUAUGAUUGUAGCAAAUCUUG